GCUGUCAUGUCUAGUUCUUUUGUGUGGUUUUGUUCGGGGUUAGACGUUCUGCGAUUAAAAAGAUGGCACAAAGGUCCCGGAGGUGCUUGACGUAUGUAGUUGGAAGUCAGAAGGACGAUCGUGUCCAACUAAGAAGGAAGCGGUUUUGCUUGGUGAUGUCUGUGGGAAAGAAAAUGUGGUAGUUUAUUGCGCCUCGUUGUGAAUGCUGCUUGCUACUACUGCCGAGGGAUUGACCAUCAAAGACGACCACGCAUAGCGCCUCGAUGCCUCGAUGCGAAUGUCACAGUCAGGCAUGAUACCUUUCUUUUCUGCCGCAUCCCCCCACAACUUGAAGUAUGUUCCGAUCUCCUCGUCCCUCCCCUCCUACGCAUCGACCCUGCCCUCUUUCUCCAACUCCUCCCUCUCCGCCUCCCUACCCCCAUCUUUGGGACUAAUCUGCACCGAAAGACUGAUCCCAGAGGGCGCGGUGGACCCCAAGUACAUCGAGGACAGCAUGUACACACCUGACACCGGCAGCUUCAUGCACCUCCACCUUGGCAUCGACGCCGAGGGGCUGCACGAUCUCGACAUACACUACUCGGUGGUAGAGUCGUGGACGGUGCCCAUCGACGCCCCGCAGAACAUGUUCAUCGUCAGCAUCCCCACGGUGCUCGACAAGUCACUCGCGCCCGAGGGCAAGCACCUGGUGCACAUCUACACGGCCGGAAACGAGCCCUACAAGCUGUGGGAAGGGAUGAAGCGCGGCUCCCCGGAGUAUGAGGCGCUGAAAAAGGAGAGGGCGGAGUGCAUGUGGAAGGCUCUAGAGAAGAUUAUCCCGGACGUGCGGCGACGGACAGAAGUAGAGCUUGUGGCCACGCCACUCACCCACGAGUUCUUCAACAGACGAUUCAAAGGGUUGCCGCUUGACUUCCGAGGCAUCAAGGAUCGUUGAUCUUUCUUUGCGUCUCACUACUCAACCGCAACGAAACCGCAAGGCUCCUACGGGCCUGGGUGGAGAGCGGGCAAAGCUGAGUUCCCCGGGUGCGUAACGCCUCUGAAAGGCUUGCUUCACUGCGGAGAUUCGACGCUGCCGGGACUGGGUUUGCCAGCGGUGGCAGCCAGUGGCAUGAGUGCCGCCAGGUGGGUAUCCUUUUCUUUUUUUGGCGGAUGUCAUGUCGCUGCCGGUGUGGUGAGGGAUGGCAAGCGUUAUGAUGCUUGAGGCAGCUGGAUGUCUAACACCAGGUUGCCGUCGCUUGGUUCUGGGGCGUUAGAUUGCAAAACUUACACAGCACAAUGUUCACGGGUCAUUGACACAAAGUACUACUCUUAUUUUGACGGUUUUGUCUUGUGUGCGUGUGCUGGUUCCGCUCCUCUCGUAUCCGCUUGUCUUUCUUGGCCUCGUGUUUCGCCUGGUGGUAUGUUCGUCGUGUGGCAGCACCCUGACCCCUGUGUGGAAGCAGCUGGGACUGCUCUGGGACAUGCAGAGGAGAGGGAUGAUCGACAGCAAGUUCGACGAUUUUUGAUUUGUUGGUAGCCGCGCUUACCACCACCCAAGUACGGUGCGCUUUGAUCCGACGGCGUUUUGUGUUUUUUGCCUCUCUUGGUUUUACAUGGAGAGCAUUAGAUAGAACUAGAGCCGAACGGGAGAAGCAAGAUGCGCUGUACCGUACGAAGUCACCACACGUGGCCAGGAAUAUCUCGACCUGCCUCAGAUCAUCUUGUCGGGGGUGCGGGGGGGUUGUUGCUGAUAUUUUGUUGUUGUGCCGCUUCCUUUCGAGACGGAACCCCGUGCUUGCUCGCAUUGUUGACAGACCCGAUGACGGAAGUUUCGCUGCAAUCGUUUCCGUGGGGACUCCUGGUGACGUUUUGUGCUUCCUUUCGAGCGCUUUCGUUCCAGCAGAAGCAGAAUUCUUAAUUUAGAAAAAAAAUAGUGCACUGAACAAACUCAAUCCGUGCCAAACGCUCUUACCCAGAAUUCUUGAUCUGUGAAGAAAACACACAUCACAACAUGCCCCAAGGAAUUUUCAAGUCGAAGGGUUGUCCUAUCUACGCAAUGCUAUAAUUGCUGAUGUUGUCGUUGUUGUCGUUGUUUGAAGGAACCAUCCAGACCAACGCGGACGGCGCCGUAGUCAGAUCCUGGGAAAAAAACGUAGUCCACACGGUAGGACGGGCGACAUGGUCACCCCGCCACCAGCAGCAGCA